UUCAGUCCGAAAACAUCAUGGUCGAGUGGACAGCUGCCGAGCGUAAUGCCAUCAAAGAGAUCUGGGGGAAAAUUAAGAUUGAUGAAAUUGGACCGCUCGCCCUUGCAAGAUGCCUCAUUGUGUAUCCAUGGACUCAGCGAUACUUCAAGUCAUUCGGAGACUUUAGCACCACCAAGGCUAUUAUGAGUAAUCCCAAUGUGUCCAAGCACGGCGUGACUGUGAUGAAGGGCCUGGAGAGAGCUGUGCAAAACUUGGACGACAUCAAGAAAAUCUACGCUCCCCUCAGCUUAAUUCAUUCUGAGAAGCUCCAUGUGGAUCCCGACAACUUCAGGUUGUUUGGCGAUUGUCUGACCAUUGUUGUGGCCUCAAAGCUGGGAAGUGCCUUCACCACGAACAUCCAGUCUGCCUGGCAGAAGUUUAUCUCCGUGGUGGUUUCAGCCCUUGGAAAACAGUAUCAUUGAAAAGCUUUCAUUGCUUUUGUCGAAACACAGCUGUGUGUACA